GCGGAGGAUAAAGAGUUUGAGGGAUGUUCUUCUCCGAUUAGUGGGGCAAUAGCAUAGUCUGUAAAGUUGGUUUCCGGGCGGAGCUGAGCCUGCUGGACCUAGAGAUGACGGGAAGGCGUGGCAGCGGGUAGCAACGCCCCCGGGCUGGGGUCUAGCUGGGUGACGGACGCAGUGGAAGCCGGGGAAGGGGUUGGCGCAGCCGGGGAAACAGGAGCCGGCGCUGUUCGAGGGGGAAUAGCGCCACCCAGAGCCGAGGCAGGAUAGGGGCGGUGGCAGGGGAAGGUUCUACAGUGGGUUACCUGCGCUACAGAAGAAAGGGGGCGUAACCCGCAAGGAGGGCCGGGAGAGAGGCGACCUCCCGAAGGUUGGGUUGUGCGGGCACCGUAAAGGUUUGAGACGACACGUAAACCAAGUUCUAUAGGGCUGGUUAGGCUGGCAUAAUGUAGGUAGGUGCAAGGAGCGCAGUUUGCGAAACCAUGCUCACUUCCUGCUCCUUGGGUGACAAGAUGCAAAUCCCUGCCUCUCUGAGCCACCUCCUCAUCUCGUGAGAACGACAGACAUGCGGGAGGCACAGGAUUGCAGUCGAGGUUGAGUUAGAUGAGGUGACGUGUGUGCCAUCAUGCCUAGCGAUGUACAUACUGGCAUGUCAAUACAUUGUUCUGGUAGCUGUUACUGUGUGGGAUUUGCAGAGGGCAGGGCGUGUUGCAGUGCAACUGAGGUGACCAGGGCAGGUUUUGGCGGUGAUCAUAAAGGCAACUUGAUCUGAAGGAGAGGUGGGCCUAGGGGACGCUGAGGGCCCUGCAUCAGCCUGCUGGAGCCAUGGGCCGCCCAGCCCUCCUUCUGUUGCUCCUGGAUCUCCUGCUUCCCGAGAUCGCCGUAGCCCUCCGGCCGGCACUAAGAGCCCUGGGCAGCCUACAUUUAACCAGACCCACAUCCCGCCCCGCAGUAGCCCUCAACUACUCAGUUCUUUACUUCCAACAGAAGGUUGAUCAUUUUGGAUUUAAUAACCCCAAAACUUUUAAACAGCGUUACUUAAUAUCUGAUAAACACUGGCAAAGAGAUGGUGGAUCAAUACUUUUCUACACUGGUAAUGAAGGGGACAUCAUCUGGUUUUGCAAUAACACGGGGUUCAUGUGGGAUGUGGCUGAGGAACUGAAAGCUAUGUUGGUGUUUGCUGAACAUCGAUACUAUGGAGAAUCCCUCCCCUUUGGUCCUGACUCAUUCAAGGAUUCUAGACACUUGAAUUUUCUGACAUCAGAACAAGCUCUGGCUGAUUUUGCAGAGUUAAUUACACACUUGAAAAGAACAAUCCCAGGAGCUGGAGAUCAACCUGUCAUUGCCAUAGGGGGCUCUUAUGGUGGCAUGCUUGCAGCCUGGUUCAGAAUGAAAUAUCCUCAUGUGGUGGUUGGAGCUCUUGCAGCUUCUGCUCCUAUCUGGCAGUUUGAGGAUUUGGUUCCUUGUAAUGUGUUUAUGAAGAUUGUAAGUACAGAUUUUAAGAAAAGUGGUCCAAAUUGUUCAGAGAGCAUCCGCAGGUCCUGGGAUGCUAUUAACCGACUCUCAAAUACAGGCAGUGGGCUACAGUGGCUUACUCAAGCCCUUCACUUAUGUAGCCCUUUAACUUCAGACGACAUCCAACAUUUCAAAGAGUGGAUUUCUGAAACAUGGGUGAAUCUGGCCAUGGUGGACUACCCUUACGAGUCUAACUUUCUGCAGCCUUUGCCUGCUUGGCCUAUCAAGGUAGUAUGCCAGUAUUUGAAAAAUCCUACUGUAUCUGAUUCCCUGCUGCUGGAGAAUAUUUUCCAAGCUCUGAAUAUAUAUUAUAAUUAUUCAGGCCAGGCGAAAUGCCUGAAUAUUUCAGAAACAGCAACUAGCAGACUGGGAAUCCUGGGAUGGAGCUAUCAGGCCUGCACAGAAAUGGUCAUGCCUUUUUGUGCUAAUGGUGUCGAUGACAUGUUUGAACCUUUCCUGUGGAACUUGAAGCAAUUCUCUGAUGAGUGUUUUAAUCAGUGGGGUGUGAGACCAAGGCCCUCCUGGAUCACCACCUUGUAUGGAGGCAAAAACAUUAGUUCACACUCGAAUAUCAUUUUCAGCAAUGGUGACCUAGACCCCUGGUCAGGAGGUGGAGUAACCAAAGACAUCUCGCAUACAUUAGUUGCAAUCACCAUCCCAGAAGGAGCCCAUCAUUUAGAUCUUCGAGCCAACAAUGCCUAUGAUCCUGCAUCCGUGCUGUUAGCACGCUCCUUGGAAGUUAGACACAUGAAGCAGUGGAUCAGAGGCUUCCAUGACAAUGCCAGAAGGCAGCACUGAACAGCUUGGAUCAUUUUCAAUUUCUUUUAUGUCCCUUUCACCCACAUUCCCAUUCACUUUGGUUUUUUACAUGUAAUUACUUUCUCUUGUUUGUCAUUAGAUUUGGUGGAACUGAGGUUGAAGUGGAAGAGGGGGUGAUGGAGGUGGGAACAGCAUCCCACCGCUAUGAAGGCCUGGGUCCUCACUGUCUUUGUGCUACCUCCAGGAAAAAUGUAAUCCUGACACCUUCAGCACCAUCAAUGGCCCUUAUAACUGGUGCAGAGUUCCUGACUGUCUUUCAUAAGAGACUCACUCCCUUUGUUUCUCUAUAAGCAGGGAUUUCUCCUUGGUUUCGAGGUUGAAAUCUCUUUGGCCCAUUUGUAAGACCCCUACCCUCCACAAAGGAAAAACAGAAGAUAGAUAAAAAAUGAUGUAAUUGCAGCUGGUAGGAAGGAUGUCUGGUGCCAGUCCAGGAAAUGGGGCCCAUUUCUUUUACACUGGAUUUAAUGACUUUGAACCAUACAGAAAAUAAAGAAUAAAGCUGGACCUUGUA